GGGGAGGCUGCGGGAGAGCCGGCAGCGCUGGGCAGAGCACGCCGGCCCCAGCCCCGGCCCCGGCCCCGGCCCGAGCAGCCGCCGCCCGCCAUGGGCACCGCGCCCCCCAGUGGGUCUGUGAAGGCAGGGAAGAUGCCAGAAGGGGAGAAAAUGGGACAAUGUAAGCGAGAAGAGGAGCAGCAACAGAAAGAGAAGCGGGAGGGUCUCAUCGAAUUCUACAGUUCCUACCAGGAGCUAUUCCAGUUCUUCUGCAGCAACACAACCAUCCACGGGGCUAUCCGCCUGGUGUGCUCCAAAAAGAAUAAGAUGAAGACAGCCUUCUGGUCCGUCCUCUUCUUCCUCACCUUCGGCUUAAUGUACUGGCAGUUCGGGAUCCUCUACAGGGACUACUUCAGCUACCCUGUCAACCUCAACCUCAACCUGAACUCGGACCGGCUGACUUUCCCGGCCGUGACGCUGUGCACCCUCAAUCCGUACAGAUACAGCGCCAUCCGAAAGCAGCUGGAUAAGCUGGACGAAAUCACCCACCAGACACUGCUAGACCUCUAUGACUACAACAUGUCUCUGCCACAAAGAGACUGGUCCACAUCAUCCUCACAAAGGCGUAGCUCAAGGAGCCUGCUCCAUCACAUCCAGCGCCAUCCUCUGCGGAGGCAGAAGCGGGACAAAGUCAACCUGCCAGAGAACAGCCCCUCAGUGGACAAGAAUGACUGGAAAAUUGGCUUUGUUCUGUGCAAUGAAAACAACGACUGUUUCCACCAGGCGUACUCCUCGGGAGUGGACGCCGUGCGGGAAUGGUACAGCUUCCACUACAUCAAUAUCCUGGCGCAGGUGCCUGAUGCAAAAGCCCUGGAUGAGUCUGACUUUGAGAAUUUCAUCUAUGCUUGCCGCUUCAACGAGGCAACGUGUGACAAGGCGAACUACACCCACUUCCACCAUCCCUUGUAUGGCAACUGCUAUACGUUUAAUGACAACAGCAGCAGCGUGUGGACAUCCUCCUUGCCUGGGAUCAAUAAUGGUCUCUCUCUGGUGGUGCGCACCGAGCAGAACGAUUUCAUCCCUCUGCUGUCCACAGUGACAGGAGCCAGGGUCAUGGUCCAUGAUCAGAAUGAGCCAGCCUUCAUGGAUGAUGGGGGCUUCAAUGUUCGUCCUGGCAUCGAGACCUCCAUCAGCAUGAGAAAGGAGAUGACCGAGCGCCUUGGGGGCAGUUACAGUGACUGCACAGAGGAUGGCAGUGACGUGCCAGUGCAAAACCUGUUCUCAUCCCGCUACACCGAGCAGGUCUGCAUUCGCUCCUGCUUCCAGCUCAACGUGGUAGAGCGCUGUGGCUGUGCAUAUUACUUCUAUCCCUUGCCCAAGGGAGCAGAGUACUGUGACUACACGAAGCACAAGGCCUGGGGCUACUGCUAUUACAAACUCCUGGCUGAAUUCAAAGCUGACGUGUUGGGCUGUUUCCACAAGUGUCGGAAACCUUGCAAAAUGACAGAAUACAAGCUGUCAGCUGGAUACUCCCGCUGGCCUUCUGCUGUCUCAGAGGACUGGGUUUUCUACAUGCUAUCACAACAGAACAAAUACAAUAUCACAUCCAAGAGGAACGGAGUUGCCAAAGUGAAUAUCUUUUUUAAGGAGUGGAACUACAAGACCAAUGGGGAGUCUCCAGCCUUCACGGUUGUGACUCUGCUGUCCCAGCUUGGGAACCAGUGGAGUCUCUGGUUUGGAUCCUCUGUCCUGUCUGUGAUGGAGCUUGCAGAGCUGGUUCUGGAUUUCAUUGCCAUCACCUUUAUCCUGGGUUUCCGCUGGUUCCGCUCCCAGCAGAAGCUGCCUGUGGCAGUGCCCCCCCUGAACAGCCAGGAUAACGCUGCUUUCCAAGACGAGGCACCGGCGCUCCGUGCUCCUCAUCGCUUCACCGUGGAGGCUGUAGUGACCACGCUGCCCUCCUACAACAGCCUGGAGCCACGUGGGCCAAGCAGGGAUGGGGAGGAGGGACACGAGUGAGGCAGCAGCUUCUUGCACUGUUCCACUGGUGGCUGGCAGCUGGAGCAGAGGCUGCACUCUUUGUCUGCGGGGCCUGCGUUUCCUUCUUUGUGGGGUGCUGCACAUGGACCACAGCAAAAGACUGCUCCAUGGCUGGCCUGGGCUUGUUGCUUUCACUUCUGUAGGCACAUUCUUCAGUCUCAUAAAAUACUAUUGCUGUGGGAUCACCAGGGAUGAGAGUUGAUCUAGUGUAUGUGUGGGGGAGAUGUCCUCCAGAUUUCCUUAUGCUCUGUGCAUGUGCACACCUACAUGUGCAGGCAUGCUUUCCUUUCCCUCCAACAAGGAUGCUGCCACAGUUCUGGUUUGUCAUUAAUUAAAGA